AUGGAGCAGACUCAAGAACAAGUGCUGAAGAAUCUUUUUCGCUCCCUCGAUAAGUCAGCAAAGGAAACGACAACCGCUCUUGCAGGGGCUAAUAUCCGCCAUGGCUUCAUCGGUGGAUAUGCGACUUCCCUCCUCGGUGGACUAAUUUUGACCAGGGACAUCGAUAUCAUCGUUGAUGCAGAACCAAGCGAUACCCGAAACUUGCUACUCCAGGCUCAUCCUGGAUUCAGACUGACCCAGAGCAACAAACUUGUCUUCGUGGACGGAGAGGAGAGCAUUCCGAUCGAGCUUCUUCGUGGUGGCAGCACUCGUCAGUUGAAAUUGCCCGAUGCAAACACGGUUUCGCUUCUCUCUGUAACAGCCAGCAGUCGACCGGGGCGUAUCGAAAAUACCCCAAUCCCUAUCCUUGCACCGGCUGUUCUCGUUCUAACAAAGAUCAAGAGAUGGGUAUUCGCGGCCGAAUCCACCCGCCCCCAGAGCAUUAGAAAGGCCCAGAGAGACGUUCAGGAUAUUGAGGUGAUCUUGGAUUGGCUUGCUAAAAACAAUCUUCACAUCGAUCUUGGAAGUUACCCGGACAAGCCAAAGGAAGAUCUACUUUCUGGGGUUCGAAAGUUGCACCAAAUGCAUGCUAACCUUCGCCCUUUGCUUGAGACUACUUUGGAAGCGAAGGACUUUGCGCUCAUCAACAAUUAG